GCUCUGUUUCUUCCACCCUAAGCUUCAGCAUGGCAGUAUCUCACACCAUUUUCUCUGGUUUGAGGACAGAAAUGGGCAUUUUGGAAACCAACCAGUACUUGCACUCCCAGCUGGAAAAAAGCAAACAGGAAUUUCGAGACCUCACAGAGAAACUGCUCACGUCCCAAGCUACUGUUUACUCCCUGGCCAACCAGCUGCAGAAAUACAAGUGUGAAGAGUACAAGGACCUCAUUGAAUCUGUGCUGGAGGAGAAAGUGCCCUUUGAGGAAGGGGAGCUGGCAGAGAAGAGAAGACUGGCUACACGGCUUGGGAGAGAUGAUUACCUGAUUGAGGCUCAGGCCCGAGAACUGACCUGCUUACGACAGAAGAUACAGGAAGGGAAAGGUGUCUGUCAUCUAUUCACACAGCAUGCAAAGAACACAAUCAAGACUUUUGAGAGUUUCCUCAAGGGCACUGACAUGACCUACUACCAGAGACAGAGAUUCUGUGAGCUCCUGGCCCAAGGAAGCCAGCUGGCAGAGAGACUUGCCAGCAAACUCUCCACUGAAAAUCACCAUGAUAGGAAGGAUGAAGAGGGACAGGAGUCACUGGCAGCCAGGCUCAACAUGGGGCUCCAGGAGGAAGAAGUGAAUGAAGUCCUGGAGGACUCACUAGAUGAAAAGUAUCUGACACAUUCCAGCCGCCAUGACUCCCACCAGCCUCCCAGCAGCAUUGCCUCUGUGUGUGAUGUGCAGGACCAGCUCUGAUGUAGACUGAGCCAGUGACAACGAAUGCUGGAACUGUGUGAAAAUUUUUAUCUUAUUUCAAUAGAAUAUAGUCCCCAAUUGAUGAAAAAAAACAACAAAACAAGCAAAAUCCAAAUCUGAGAGGAAGAGCAAGAUUUCACAUUACUUUAGAUUUUUACUCCAGUUUGCAGAAGUCUCAGCCCUUUAGCCUACCAAUAUAACUGCCCAAGGGACACCAAUGCCUAUAUUCACAGAUAAUCUUGAGAAAAAUCUAACCCUUUUCCCUCCCAUCUCCCGCCUGUGGAUAACUAGAGUCAGCAGCAGCUAGAAGAAAAUGGCAAGGACUUGGAUGAAGAACAUGUCAGAAUAAUGUCACUGCAGACCAUUCAUCAGCUCUUCAGCACAUGUCCCUAUUCCUGGGAGGUUGG